GAUGAUGGCUCUGUUACCUACGGGCCUGUAGUUACGAUAUCUGACCAGAUGCUCGUCGGCCCUUACUGUGGUUCCCUGUUCCCGAGCCCGGCCCGAGCGAUUCUCUGCUCGCCGCUAUGCACGACGCCUUCGAACCGGUGCCGAUCCUAGAAAAGCUGCCUCUGCAGAUCGACUGUUUGGCUGCAUGGGAGGAAUGGCUUCUUGUUGGAACCAAACAAGGACAUCUUCUUCUUUAUAGGAUCCGGAAGGACGUUGUGCUAGCAGAUGUGGCAUCACCUGAAAGUGGCAGCUGCAACAGGUUUGAAGUGACACUAGAAAAAUCCAAUAAGAACUUCUCCAAAAAGAUUCAGCAGAUCCAUGUGGUUUCCCAGUUUAAGAUUCUAGUCAGCUUGUUAGAAAAUAAUAUUUAUGUCCAUGAUCUACUGACAUUUCAACAAAUCACUACAGUUUCAAAGGCAAAGGGAGCAUCACUGUUCACAUGUGACCUCCAGCACACGGAGACUGGUGAGGAGGUGUUACGGAUGUGUGUAGCUGUGAAAAAGAAGCUGCAGCUAUAUUUCUGGAAGGACAGGGAAUUUCAUGAAUUGCAGGGGGACUUCAGUGUACCAGAUGUGCCCAAGUCCAUGGCAUGGUGUGAAAAUUCUAUCUGUGUGGGUUUCAAGAGAGACUACUACCUAAUAAGGGUGGAUGGAAAGGGGUCUAUCAAAGAGCUCUUCCCAACAGGAAAACAGCUGGAGCCGUUAGUCGCACCUCUGGCAGAUGGAAAAGUGGCUGUGGGUCAGGAUGAUCUCACCGUGGUGCUCAAUGAGGAAGGGAUCUGCACACAGAAAUGUGCCUUGAACUGGACAGACAUACCAGUGGCCAUGGAGCACCAGCCUCCCUACAUCAUUGCAGUGUUGCCACGAUACGUGGAAAUCCGGACACUUGAGCCGAGGCUUCUGGUCCAGAGCAUUGAAUUGCAAAGGCCCCGUUUCAUCACCUCAGGAGGAUCAAACAUUAUCUAUGUGGCCAGCAAUCACUUUGUUUGGAGACUCAUUCCUGUCCCCAUGGCAACCCAAAUCCAACAGCUGCUCCAGGACAAACAGUUUGAAUUGGCUUUGCAGCUUGCAGAAAUGAAAGAUGAUUCCGACAGCGAAAAGCAACAACAGAUCCAUCAUAUCAAGAACUUGUAUGCCUUCAACCUCUUCUGCCAGAAGCGUUUCGAUGAGUCCAUGCAGGUCUUUGCUAAGCUUGGCACAGAUCCUACUCAUGUGAUGGGCCUGUACCCAGACCUGCUGCCCACAGACUAUAGGAAGCAGCUGCAGUAUCCAAACCCCUUGCCUGUGCUCUCCGGGGCCGAAUUGGAGAAAGCUCACUUAGCUCUGAUUGACUACCUGACACAGAAACGAAGCCAGUUGGUAAAGAAGCUGAACGACUCUGAUCACCAGUCUAGCACCUCCCCGCUCAUGGAAGGCACUCCCACCAUCAAGUCCAAGAAGAAGCUGCUGCAAAUCAUUGACACCACCCUGCUCAAGUGCUACCUCCAUACGAAUGUGGCCCUGGUAGCCCCCUUGCUGCGCCUGGAGAACAAUCACUGCCACAUCGAAGAGAGUGAGCACGUGCUGAAGAAGGCUCACAAGUACAGUGAGCUGAUAAUCCUGUACGAGAAGAAGGGGCUCCAUGAGAAAGCUCUGCAGGUGCUGGUGGACCAGUCCAAGAAAGCAAACUCCCCUCUGAAAGGUCAUGAGAGGACGGUGCAAUAUCUGCAACAUCUGGGCACAGAAAACCUGCAUUUGAUUUUUUCCUACUCAGUGUGGGUGCUGAGAGACUUCCCUGAAGAUGGCCUGAAGAUAUUCACUGAAGACCUCCCAGAGGUGGAGUCUCUGCCACGAGACCGAGUGCUCGGCUUCUUAGUAGAGAAUUUUAAGGGUCUGGCUAUUCCUUAUCUGGAACAUGUCAUCCACGUUUGGGAGGAGACGGGCUCUCGGUUCCACAACUGCCUGAUCCAGCUGUACUGUGAGAAGGUGCAAGGGCUGAUGAAGGCGUAUCUCCUGUCCUUCCCUGCAGGCAAAACUCCAGUUCCUGCUGGAGAGGAAGAGGGUGAGCUGGGAGAAUAUCGACGGAAGCUCCUUAUGUUCUUGGAAAUUUCCGGCUACUAUGAUCCAGGCCGCCUCAUCUGUGAUUUUCCUUUUGAUGGUCUCUUAGAGGAACGUGCUCUCCUGCUGGGACGCAUGGGGAAACAUGAACAAGCCCUCUUCAUCUAUGUCCACAUCCUGAAGGAUACGAAGAUGGCGGAGGAGUACUGCCACAAGCAUUAUGACCAAAACAAAGACGGCAACAAAGAUGUGUAUCUGUCCCUGCUCCGGAUGUACCUGUCGCCCCCCAGUGUUCACUGCCUGGGGCCAAUCAAGCUGGAGCUGGUGGAGCCACAAGCCAACCUCCAGGCGGCCCUGCAGGUCCUCGAGCUGCACCACAGCAAACUGGACACCACCAAGGCCCUUAACCUUCUGCCAGCAAACACUCAGAUUAAUGACAUACGCAUCUUUCUGGAAAAAGUCUUGGAAGAAAAUGCACAAAAGAAACGAUUCAACCAGGUGCUCAAGAACCUUCUCCAUGCAGAGUUCCUGCGGGUCCAGGAAGAGCGGAUCUUACACCAGCAGGUGAAGUGCAUCAUCACCGAGGAGAAGGUGUGCAUGGUGUGUAAGAAGAAGAUUGGGAAUAGUGCAUUUGCACGGUACCCCAAUGGAGUGGUCGUGCACUACUUCUGUUCCAAAGAGGUAAACCCAGCAGACACCUGAGCCCAGCAUGCCCAGGACUCAGCCGUUGGACAGCUUGGCCAUCCCAGCGAGGGAAGGGGGCACCGACCUUAGGAAUCGGGGGCUGCCGCCACCACCAGGUGUCUCCCCAUUUGGAUACUACUGGCAACCUUGCGGCCUGGAACGUCUCUGAAUUAAUCUGACUUAUGGUCUGGUGUCACCAGCUUUUUAAUAGAAAAAGAGAUUAGUUAAUACUUUAUAUGCUAUUAUGUCACAGGCAAAUCCAGAGAGUUUAAUACCUGCUUGGACUGGAGGAGGUGACAAUGGGCAUCGUCUUGCCUUUGCAUACCAAUCACCUGAAUAAGAAAACUGUCUCAAGCUUUUGUAAUCCCAGGGUUGGUUGUUCAGUUUUCUAUUGAGACACACGCAGGACUUCACAAGAAGCCCUCAGUGUGGCUGCUGGAACCCGUGAGAAGAGAGCAGUUCCAGAGCUCCUCUAGCUGCAAAGGCCAAACACUUGUCCUCUAGUUAAUGACAGUCAUUUCUCCAUGGUUACUGUACCCUGUGUCCCCCCCCCCCCAGGAGCCUCCCGACUCAUCUCUAUUUUUCACAGUCUCCUUUUCUUCCUCACUGUUUUCUUCCUGUAUCUCUCCCCUCACUUCUCCACUCAGGCUUUCUUCCCCAUUUUUCUGACACCAGGAAUAACUAAUAUUUAAGCAAGGCACAGAAAGGAGCAAGAGGAAGUCCCAUCUUCUAGGGAUACAUUGAUAAUUGACUGUCAGGAAUCUUGUAAAUAGGUCCUCCUUGGACUGUAUGCUCUGCCUGGAAGCUUAGGAGAGCAUCAUUCUUGGCCAGGAAAGGGCCCGGUGCACCUCCCCUCAGGGCCGAGCGUGAUAGCAGCUCUGAGGAUGGACAGCACUGCACUGGGGGUGUGGCCUCGUAGGCUGCGGUCUGCAGGCUGCCAGGGCGGGUAGGUUUAGUCUCUGUGAGUGAGGGCUCCGUGCUGGGGCGCCUUUCUCUUUCCAGCCAGUGUCGUCCUCGUGCAGCUCGGCCUGGCCGUCCCUCUCCAGCUUUGCUUUGCAGAGGUUGGAGGAUGUGCUGGGAUGUUGUGGGUGGGUGGAUCUCUGCUGCACGCAGGAAUGAUCAGAGCAGGUACUGACCGUGACAUGAUGUCAGGCAUACUUGUGAGGUGCUCGGGGACAGUGAGAGUGCUGUGGGCUCAAGAGCAGUAGCACGGGGGUUUAUAAAAUAUCUCACCUACAAAUCUGAGUGCUGGUGUGGUGGGGAGACCCUGCCUCCCUCAGGGCAGCUUUGGGGUCCACGAGGGAGUGGAGAGAGGCCCUGCAUCCUGGCCUCCCAGGGUUUUGCAGACCUGCAGCCUUGUUUCCUCAAUAUGUUUAGUGGUAGUGAAGGUGGGUGAUGGAGCUGAACACUGACCCCGGGUAGUGGCACGUCCUUGACAUGCUGUGCUGUUUUGGGCCUAUGCUGUAGACCGACUUGCUGGUGUUAUAGACGAGGCCUCUCCCAGGCACAUGCUCUGUAGAGGAUCUGAAGGGACAACAGCCAGUGCCGUCAACACUCAUUCUCAGACAUGGAUUCUGCUCAAGUUUUGGAUGCUGAGCAGCACUUCACAAUAGCCACUGUCCCAAGUGGCCACACCCACUCACAGGAAGCAGUGCCGCCCUUGGCGCCAUUUGCCCCAUGAAGACCAAUAUUCUUCCCCCCAGAACAGCAGUGAAAUUGUCAGGCCAGCCCUCCACUGAGCUGUGGAAACCUUCCCCCGCUUUGGAGCCCUGCCUUCCUGGCCUGUUGUAUUUGUGUCUUUCAAUCCCACUACCUGUGUGGCAUGUGUGUUUGAAGCAAUAGAACAAAGGAUGUGUUUUCUCCCUUUCUGGAAUACAUAAAUGACCCAGUUUUCCCAAGGGCCGGUCUUCCUUCCUUAGCCUGUCUGCCCUCUGCGGUGGUGUGGAGGAGCCUAGAGAUGAAGGCCCUGUGGUGAAGACUGAUGGAGGUCUCAUAAUAAACAUC